AUGGCUGCUCAAGUCAAUGUCUAUCAUUCCCUCCCAAGGGACCUGAGCGAUCAGAAAAUCGUUGUUCCUUCUGUUCGCCCUGUUACCACUGCCGACCUUCGAUCACUCAUUAGAAAGGAAGGGCCGGUACGACCGAUCAAAGAUAGAAUCGCCAAGCUCGAGCUCAGGAAACCUGAUUAUUACACCGGCUCUCCAUGGAAGCUUCUUAGGGAUGACACACUCCUCUUUUUUAAAAACAUCCUAUUCUUGCCAGGCAUCGUUUUCCCUCUUGUUUCCCCCCCGCCCGCACGUUCAUUUGACAUCGACAACCGUAUUGGAGAUCAAUCGGGCUUCAUCUUCACCCGUCUGAGGCGCCAAUUUGAGGCUUAUGCCCAGCUGUAUUUUCACUCCGGCCCUCUUGACGAACUGUACCCGUCCUGGGCCAAUAUCCGUGAUAUCACCUUUCACUUCAUUCUUAUCAUUACACAGUCCGCCUUUCUUCUAUCUCUUCCUUUCCUCUCAUUCCUACCAUUUAACAUCUUCGCCCCUUAUAUUCUCGGCUUCGUCUUUGUCAACUACAUCGCAUGCUAUGCUCUGAAUGGCUAUAUGCCUGAUGGAUACAUCCAAUCGACGGACUUUCCUGAGGCCAGUCUUUGGGAUGACAGGCAUAAGAAUGAGCAGUGGAUCUUCCUCAAUGGAGUCGCUGUUGGUGAGCACUGGUUGCGAGCCAAUAUUGACAGGAUUUCCCUGACCUUUCAUCGAAGAGUCAUUGGAGUUCAUAACAAAACCGCUGGUAUCAUCUUCGACAUCAUACAAUGCCUUCUUGAGCGUUGCCUGUAUUUCGGCACCUCCGACACCAGAGCCUGCUUCGCCCUCAUUUCCGAAGCUCUCUUAAAAUCCAGCAAUGAAAAGGUCGUACUCAUUCUCCACUCUCAAGGUGGGCUGGAAGGCAGUAUCAUCCUGGACUGGCUUAUCAACCAGCACCCUCGGGAUAUCCUGCAGAAGCUUGAGAUUUACACAUUUGGCAACGCCGCAAACCACUUCAACAACCCGCGCAUCUUCAAGAAGAAGGAUCACAAUGAAGAAAAAGGCUGCGACCGUGCCAUUCGCCACAUUGAGCACUACGCCAACUCCUAUGACUUUGUCUCCCGAUGGGGCGUCAUGCACUUCAAGAAGAAGACCGCUGAUCAGAAGGAUCGUUCCAUCAUCCACAACCUCAGCGCAGCCGUCCUUUCGCACCGCACCGAGCCUAAGAAACACCUCAGCAAGAAGCAGCUGAAAGAGAACAACAAGCUUCAGAAGGCCUGGAACUCCUAUAACGGCGCUCUCUUUGAGCGCAUCGGCUCUGGUCAUCAGCUCAACCAACACUAUCUCGACAACAUGUUCCCACUUGAUAAGGGUCUUACCCGAGUGCAACAGAACGGCGAUGGCUCACCUCUUGCGGGGACUUUCAUGGAUGCUGACGUCAAUGUCUUCAAUGAUCCUAAGUAUACCAACAGGCUGCGAAACCUCCAAGGAGGAAUUAACGGCGAGCAAGAGAAUGGUGAACAAUAUGAAGUGAACGGAGAUGUCACCAUCAAGAAGGUAUACCAGCUGAGUCGUCUUUGGGAGUAUGUCAAUGGAAACAGCCCCAAGGAUGACUGUGCCAAUGAGUAUUGA